AUGGUCUCUAUGGACUUCGUAAUUCCGCUGCCGAAAUCUCGGCGAGGUAAACCUGCGCUGCUGCUAUUCCAGUGUGCUUUCACGGGGUUUAUCAUUGCUAAACCAAUGUCGAACACCAAAGCACUCAAAGUCGCUCAGGUAUUUGAAGAAUGUAUUUACCGAAGGGAUCCCCGCUUCAUGAGCGAAGUAUUCCAAGCAUUUGCUGAGAUGAUGCAUUCGAGAUCGAGAGCAACAUUGAGUUAUCGGUCACAAGCCAACGGGCAGCAGGAAAGAUCAGUUAAGAUGGUGAUGCAGUCCGUAAAAGUCUAUACCGAAGGCCCAUUUCAGCAAGACUGGGACGAGAUUGCAGAGCAUCUAGUCUUUACCACCAACAACUCCAUGGACACUACCAGAAAAGAAACACCUUUCUACUUAGUUCACGGAUCGGAUGCCAGCUCGACAAUGAAGGCGAUGUCGACGUCUCUUCGACACGGAACGUCGAAGCAGUCCGAAGCUUUAGCGUGGCUUCGAGAAGUCAACCGACAACAGGAAGUUGCGUGGCGAAUGGCCCAGGAAUAUCAGCAUACCGAUACGUCACGAGAGCAAGACUUCAUAACAAUGCACUAA